CUUCUUCUCUCUCAAAACUCUACUUCAGUGUCAUUCUUCUUCUUCUUCUGAUAACCGUCGUUAAUAUCCAUCUGAAAGAACCUCGCAUCCAACCUUCAAUGGCGUUGAUAUGGAAAACUGAUACGAUCACCUGAUUCUGAACACAUUGUCAUCACUCCGCGUUCCAUACGAAUACUUUGCUGCUCCUGCUUCCCUACAAUGGCGGAUAACAGAGAGCAGAAACCAAUGCCGGAAGCUGAGAAGAAGGAGCAGAGUUUGCCGUUUUUUCAGUUAUUCUCCUUCGCUGAUAAGUACGAUUGGUUACUUAUGAUCUCUGGUAGCAUCGGUGCGGUUAUUCACGGCUCCUCCAUGCCUGUCUUCUUCCUCCUCUUUGGACAAAUGGUUAAUGGCUUCGGGAAGAACCAGAUGGAUUUGCAGACAAUGACUCAUGAAGUCUCCAAGUACGCACUGUAUUUCAUCUAUCUAGGACUGAUCGUCUGCGUAUCCUCAUAUGCAGAAAUCGCUUGUUGGAUGUAUACUGGAGAGAGGCAAGUUGGAACUUUAAGGAAUAAGUAUUUGGAGGCUGUGUUGAAGCAGGACGUCGGUUUCUUUGAUACAGAUGCUAGAACUGGAGAUAUCGUCUUCAGCGUUUCAACCGAUACUCUGCUCGUACAAGAUGCAAUCAGUGAGAAGGUUGGGAAUUUCAUUCAUUACUUGUCGACAUUUUUGGCCGGACUGGUGGUGGGAUUUGUGUCAGCGUGGAGACUUGCAUUGCUCAGCGUGGCCGUGAUUCCUGGAAUUGCUUUCGCCGGAGGCUUGUAUGCUUACACUCUCACCGGCCUCACCUCCAAGAGUCGUGAAUCUUAUGCUAAUGCUGGCGUAGUUGCUGAACAGGCAAUUGCUCAGGUUAGAACUGUUUACUCGUAUGUUGGUGAGAGCAAAGCCUUGAAUGCUUAUUCAGAAGCUAUACAACAUACCUUAAAGCUCGGAUACAAGGCUGGGAUGGCUAAAGGCCUUGGAUUAGGAUGCACUUACGGAAUAGCCUGUAUGUCGUGGGCUUUAGUUUUCUGGUAUGCCGGUGUUUUUAUCAGAAAUGGACAGACUGACGGAGGAAAGGCAUUCACCGCCAUAUUCUCCGCCAUAGUUGGCGGCAUGAGCUUAGGACAGUCGUUUUCGAAUCUUGGUGCGUUUAGCAAAGGUAAAGCUGCUGGUUUCAAGCUUAUGGAGAUUAUCAAUCAGAAGCCUACUAUAGUUCAAGACUCGUCAGAUGGGAAAAUCUUGGAUGAAGUCAAUGGAAAUAUCAAAUUCCAAAGCGUGACCUUCAGUUAUCCUUCUCGACCGGAUGUGAUCAUAUUUAGGGAUUUCUCAAUCUCAUUCCCUGCUGGAAAGACUGUUGCCGUUGUUGGUGGGAGUGGAUCAGGGAAGAGCACUGUUGUCUCAUUGAUCGAGAGGUUCUAUGAUCCUAAUCAAGGGGAGAUUUUGCUUGAUGGGUUUGAUAUCAAGACACUAGAACUAAGAUGGUUAAGGGAUCAAAUCGGUUUAGUGAACCAAGAGCCAGCUCUUUUCGCAACCACCAUACUCGAAAACAUACUCUACGGAAAGCCCAAUGCAUCCACAGCCGAAAUCGAAUCCGCAGCAUCAGCAGCCAACGCUCACUCAUUCAUCACCUUACUCCCAAACGGCUACAACACUCAAGUAGGCGAAAGAGGAGUUCAACUCUCCGGUGGUCAGAAGCAAAGAAUCGCAAUCGCAAGAGCCAUGUUAAAAAACCCAAAAAUCCUCCUACUCGACGAAGCCACAAGCGCCCUCGACUCUGCCUCCGAAAACAUAGUCCAAGAAGCCCUCGACCGUCUCACAGUAGGCCGAACAACAAUCGUGAUCGCACACCGCCUCUCAACAAUAAGAAACGUGGACUCGAUUUCGGUCAUCCAACAAGGACUAGUUGUCGAAACGGGCACCCACGAAGAUCUGAUCGCGAAAAACGGAGCAUAUUCCUCGUUAAUCCGAUUCCAAGAAAUGGUGGGGAAUCGGGAAUUGUCAUGCGGUUCGACGAGGCGAUCGAGAUCGUCGCGUUUGAGUCAUUCUUUGUCGACUAAAUCGUUAAGCUUACGGUCUGGCAGCUUGAGGAAUCUAAGUUAUUGUUACAGCACUGGAGCGGAUGGUCGGAUUGAGAUGGUAUCGAAUGGUGAGACCGAUAGGAAGAACCGAGCGCCUCAUGGCUAUUUCUGUCGGCUUCUGAAAUUAAACGGGCCGGAAUGGCCUUAUUCUAUUAUGGGUGCUGUUGGAUCGAUCCUUUCUGGUUUCAUUGGUCCUACUUUUGCUAUUGUAAUGAGCAAUAUGAUUGAGGUUUUCUACUAUACUAAUCCUCAGACCAUGGAGAGAAAGACAAAGGAAUAUGUUUUCAUUUAUAUUGGAGCUGGCAUCUAUGCUGUCGUUGCCUAUUUGAUUCAACAUUACUUCUUCAGCAUCAUGGGAGAAAACCUGACCACUAGAGUCAGGAGAAUGAUGCUUGCAGCCAUAUUGAGGAAUGAAGUGGGAUGGUACGACGAAGAGGAGCAUAACUCGAGCCUGGUGGCUGCUCGGUUAGCUACAGAUGCUGCGGAUGUGAAAUCGGCUAUUGCAGAGAGGAUUUCUGUGAUACUACAGAAUAUGACUUCCCUUUUAACUUCCUUCAUUGUGGCUUUCAUAGUGGAAUGGAGGGUCUCCCUUCUCAUACUUGCUACCUUUCCUCUUCUUGUCCUCGCCAAUUUUGCUCAGCAACUCUCUCUGAAAGGGUUCGCCGGAGACACAGCCAAGGCCCAUGCAAAAACCAGCAUGAUAGCCGGAGAAGGAGUAAGCAAUAUUCGAACCGUCGCUGCUUUCAACGCACAAGAGAAGAUUCUAUCCCUCUUCUGUCACGAGCUCCGUCUCCCACAGCGCCAGAGUCUUCGCCGGAGUCAAACUUCCGGCAUCCUCUUCGGUCUCUCUCAGCUAGCUCUAUAUUCUUCCGAAGCUCUCAUCCUAUGGUACGGUGCAAAUCUAGUUAAAAAAGGUCUCUCCACAUUCUCAAAAGUCAUAAAAGUCUUCGUAGUCCUAGUCAUCACCGCAAAUUCAGUUGCGGAAACCGUCAGUCUUGCUCCCGAAAUAAUCCGGGGAGGGGAAGCUGUCGGAUCGGUCUUCUCAAUCCUCGACCGUCAGACCAAAAUCGAACCCGACGACCCCGAAUCCGAAACCGUUGAAUCCAUCCGCGGCGAAAUUGAACUCCGCCGCGUCGAGUUCGUGUACCCAUCGAGGCCUGACGUUGUCGUUUUUAAGGACUUCAACCUGAGAAUCCGAUCCGGCCAUAGUCAGGCUCUGGUUGGAUCAAGUGGCUCCGGGAAGAGCUCGGUAAUCGCGUUAAUUGAGCGAUUCUAUGACCCCUUAUCCGGAAAAGUCAUGAUCGACGGCAAAGAUAUCCGCAAAUUGAACUUGAAAUCUUUAAGACAAAAGAUUGGUUUAGUCCAACAAGAGCCAGUUCUUUUCGCAGCGAGUAUAUUCGAAAACAUCGCGUACGGAAAAGAGGGAGCAACCGAGGCCGAAGUAACCGAGGCGGCUCGCGCCGCGAACGUGCACACGUUCGUAAGUGCACUCCCCGAAGGAUACAAAACGCCAGUGGGAGAAAGAGGGGUUCAAUUAUCAGGAGGUCAAAAACAGAGGAUUGCGAUAGCUCGAGCUGUACUAAAGGACCCGAGAGUUUUACUACUAGACGAGGCAACGAGUGCACUUGACGCAGAGUCGGAAUGUGUGUUACAAGAGGCACUCGAGAGGCUAAUGAGGGGAAGAACAACCGUGGUGGUGGCUCAUCGACUAUCAACUAUUAGGGGGGUCGAUAAUAUCGCGGUUAUACAAGACGGGAGAAUUGUGGAACAAGGUAGCCAUGGCGAUCUUAUUAGCCGACCCGAAGGGGCCUAUUCGAGGCUUUUACAACUCCAACACCACCAUAUAUAACUUGUUAACCUAAUAAAAGGUUUGAAUGGUGAUAGUUGUACGUAGAUGCAUAUGAACUUUUAAAUUAUUAUUAAUGUUCAUCUUUGCUAAUUAUUAUUAUCUGUUUAUUA